AUGAUUAUGAAUGAAGUUGGCCUGCGGAAUUUUCUGGCGAUGACGAACGUAUGGGACGGUGCGAACUGGUCACACAUGCCGAGCAAGUACAGAGCUUCGUCCAGCAGAGACUUCUAUCAACAGAUCGCCAUGGCGCUGAAGAAAGAACAGGACGAGGAAAGCGGAGACGAGGGCUACGAGUCCGAUGGCACAGCGUUAGAGUUUAAAGUUCAAGAUUUACAAAAAACGACAGUUAAAGAAGAAACACGCUGCUGGCACAGCCUGGUCGACAGUGACAGUGAGGCUGAAAAAUCUGCGACACCGAGGAACGUGAUGGCCGCAGGUCCUUCGUCGAUGUUCGGUGAAGCCAGUGCCAGUUCCGGAGACCGUUCCUUUGCUGCACCGGUCGCCGAACAACUGGAAACUAGAAAUAAACAAACGAUGCCUGCAGAGACGGCUGGAGGUCCUCGCCCUCUAGCUCUUGCGGCCGCCAUCGCGGCAGGAGGGUCUCCGUCGUCCCCGCAAGAAAAAGAACUGCUGGAGCACAAUCAACCAGCGUUCGUGCCUGUGCCUGUUCCAAUGACCAACGUCUUUACGCCAGGAGCACUAUUUAAUUCUUGGUACCAGACUGCCAUGGCGCACGAGGGGCAGACGAGAAGCUUUGUACCGAUCGUGCAGCUGCAGCGCGAUCCCGUCUCGAAUCAGUACAGUUUUCGUCACAUCACAGUUGGAGUACAGGGCUCUGCGAAUCGGCCGAUCGCGUUCGCCAUACAGGACGAUCUGGACGCCGUGCUCCAGACGCCAUACGAUAGUGCGACCUUCGUAUCCUACAACGGCGUGAGGAUCGACCGGAACAACAGUGGCCGCGUGCCUUUCUGGUGGGGUUUGCCGCAGCAGCAUGGCGGCCACGGUAUGACAGCAACGCUGCAAGCCGUAGGUCCCAAAGAGCGAGGCCUUUUUUGCGAGGAACUGUGGCUGAAACCCCUACCGGUGUUUCCGCCCGUCUGGGUCCCGGUGUGCCUGCCCGCAACGCCCGAGGGAGAGACUGGUCACAUCAGUAGGGACCAGAUGCGGAUAUCCAAAUCCAUUGUAGAGUCAUCGCACUAGUCGCAAUUGCAUCACAAAAUCUUCAAGUUUAAAAGCAGAAUUUUCAAUGUUAUUGAUUUACGUACCUUUGUCUUUGAACAGAGACUUGUCAUGCAGGACGACGUCGACUGCAAGAAGUAGGACGAGCGCGAUACUUUUGCACAGGAUAGCGGACCGCAGUGUGCAACUUGCUGCCUCCCGCUAUCGUUGGACCCUUGGAGACCGGCAAGGCCGCUGUAAUUGCUGCUCUGCCACCUGCUCUGCCUUGUCCCGCACCACAACCGCUACAGCAGCAGCUGCAGGAGAGUCCCUUUUCGUGCCCACCAGAGCCGGUAUAG